CACCAGGAUGAGUAACAAUAGCGAGCUUUCGGUAUGCCUUCUUGAUCUCAAGUUCCGUAGCUGUCGGAGGCACCCCCAAAGCGUCGUAGUAAGUGGUAUCAACAACCAUCUUGAUAUGCGGCAAGACCGCUCCUAGUUUUCAGCCGCCUCGUGGGUUACAACAGUGCGAGGGUAAACAGGCAAGUUGGGUUAGAUAUAAUAAGACGGUAGGUAGCUUUGUAAAGAAUAAUGAGGCUGAGCAAACAGAAGAUCUUGUCUGCGCAAGUGUUAUUUUUUUUUUUUCUGCCUGAUGAAGCUUCGGAACGGCCUGUCGUCAUGGCGGGGGAGGCCGAAGAGGCGAGCAGGCGGUAUCGUAUGUUCCGUAUUGUCAUAGAUUUCACAGCGGUGCAGCUGCCUACCCGGAUGCUGUGCCCGUUUAUCCGUCAUGGGGCGUUCCGGAGGCCGAGAUGAUCCGGGUCUCCAAAAGUCACUAAUUUGGUGCUAAUUUUCUCAGCUCAAUUUCUUCUCCUUCUCCCACUCCGACUCGCUCAACCUUUCAUCUCCCCCAAGUCUCUCCUCUUCUUCAUAUUUGUCCUUUUCUUCCCCUCCCUCUCGCCCUUCCCUCUCCUUCUAAUCUAUUCUCCUGCACCCUAUUUGACUUUCCAGCUUCUUGGUCCUCCUCCACAUUUCUUCCGUCUGGGUUCUCUGCCAAUUGGCCACUGUGCCUUUGUACAUUACUUUCCUAGCGUGUACUAGUACGCCAAUUUCUUGCUAAUUUGCUUUUUCCGCUGUCUUCCAAAUCUCCGCAAUCCUGGUUCGAGGACUUUUAUUUCCUCGAUUCUCUCCCCCGUACUCUUCCCCUUACUCACCUUCACGUGUAAAUUAUCACUUUCGCACACCAUGGGUCUCGUGGGCAAUAUCCUUUACUACUCAUUCCACCCGGCAGAGCUGAGGUCGAUCAUCCAAUGGAAAGUCUGGCACAAUCCUGUCCAUGAGCGCAACGAGAAGGAUGAGACCGAGACGCAAAAGGCAUGCUUCAAGUUCCUCGAUUUGACGAGCCGGAGUUUCAGCGCUGUCAUCAAGGAGCUGCACCCGGAGCUGCUUCUGCCCAUGUCCGUAUUCUACCUAGUACUCCGUGGCCUAGACACGAUUGAGGAUGACACCUCAAUUCCACUUGAGACAAAAGAGCCUUUGCUGCGCAACUUCAAGGAUUUCCUUGAACAAGAUGGUUGGACCUUUACUGGAAACCGUCCGGAGGAGAAGGACCGUGAGCUGCUGGUUCAGUUUCACAAUGUCAUUACGGAGUUCAAGAACUUGAAGCCUGCCUACCAGGCGAUCAUCAAGGAUAUUACCGACAAGAUGGGUAACGGUAUGGCUGAUUACGUGCGGAAGGCUGAGCUUGAGGAUGCUAGCGUCAAGACGGUUGACGAAUACGAUCUUUACUGCUACUACGUCGCUGGCCUGGUCGGUGAAGGUUGCACUCGUCUCUUCGUCGAGGCGGAGUUUGGUAACCCUGCUCUGCUGAAGCGCCCCCGUCUCCACAAGUCGAUGGGUCUUUUCCUCCAGAAGACCAACAUCAUUCGUGAUGUUCGGGAAGACAAUGAUGACAACCGUCGGUUCUGGCCGAAGGCCAUCUGGUCGAAGCACGUUGAUAACUUCGACGAUCUCUUCAAGCCGGAGAACCGCGAAGCUGCCCUGAACUGCAACUCGGAGAUGGUCCUAAACGCACUGGAACAUGUCGAGGACUGUCUCUUUUACCUUGCUGGUCUCCGCGAACAGAGCGUUUUCAACUUCUGUGCCAUACCUCAAGGUAUGGCCAUUGCUACCUUGGAGCUUUGCUUCCGCAACCCGGCCAUGUUUGAGCGCAACAUCAAGAUCACAAAGGGCGAUGCCUGCCAGCUGAUGACGGAGUCAACGCAAAACCUUCGCGUUCUCUGCGACGUCUUCCGCCGCUAUAUCCGUAAGAUUCACAAGAAGAACACGCCCAAGGAUCCCAAUUUCCUCAAAAUCAGCAUCGUCUGUGGACAGGUUGAGAAAUUCAUCGAGACGAUCUUCCCGUCCCAGAACGCGGAAGAGGCUAACCGCCGUGUCGAGGGUGUAAAGACGGAAGCUGAGCUCGAAAAGGCCCGGCAAGAUGCUGAGACACGCAAGGACGUUUUCUUCAUGCUGGCUUUGAUGGGUGUGAUUGCUGUCAUUGUGUCUGUCAUCAUGAUUGCAACCGCCUGGGCUCUUGGUGCUCGAUUCGACCUUGCCUGGCAGGAACUGAAGAACGGCAACAUGCGCCCAAAGUCUGUCGCGCAUGGCGAGUUAUAACCGAUUCACGACCCCUAAUUGAUACUAUACCCUUCGUCACGAUGUCUUACUUUCACGGUACAUACGCAUAUAUACCUUCUACUAAUAAUAUACCACCAUGCCCUAUUCCUCCCCGUCCCGACGAUGCAGAAUUCCCUAGCACGGAUGUCAAAUUGCAAUCCAGCCUUUCUAUGACUGUGGUUGUGCCGAAGAAGUGCUGAUAUUAAGUGGAGUUUUUCUCCGACCAACGAUGUACUAGAUUUGUGUCUUGCGGCAUGCAAAUGCUGAAAUGGCACACGUCCAUUGAAGACUUGGAACACCUCGUAUGCCUAUAUAGUAGUAAUGCCAUCGUGAAAACUUUUACCUUGUUUUCUGAUCUCUCUCCCUCAUACCAUACUCCAAAGUCCAAACCACUUGUAAAUGGAAGGUC